AUGGCAAAAGCCAAAUCCAAUGCACACAGCAAUCGCCGCAAUGACGAAAACCAAUCCCAUCGCAAUCCCGAAGAAGACGUUGGACUUCUCGCCGCCGAAAGCGGAAGUGAAGACGAGGAUAGCAUAGAGCAUUCUGGGCCCCUCCCAGAACAAGGAGCAGCAGCAAAUCAAACACACACACCACGAACACCCAAUCGUGUACGAUUCGAUUUACCCCCCUCUCCCAACGGCGAACGGGAGAAUCGUAGGGAAGUACCGUUUGUAGAUGAGGAGGAAUCACCACAUGCGUAUCCCUCAUCUCGAACACAGUCCUUUACGCCGCUCCUCACGGGUAUCGAAGCCCCGUCCGUAACCGUCGCUUCGAGCCCCUGGACCGACGACGAAGAUGUGCAUACGUGGGCUGAGCGCGAGCGGGCCCGUCCGAAAUCUAAUCUGCGGAAUGCGUUUAUGAAUAUGGCGAAUAGUAUUAUUGGAGCGGGUAUUAUUGGACAACCGUAUGCCUUUCGUCAAGCUGGACUCUUGACUGGGAUUGUUCUUUUGAUUGGGCUUACGGUGACGGUGGAUUGGACCAUUCGACUUAUUGUGAUUAAUUCGAAAUUGAGUGGAAGGGAUAGUUUUCAGGGGACGGUGGAGUUUUGUUUUGGGAAGACGGGGUUAAUUGCCAUUAGUGUUGCGCAAUGGGCGUUUGCUUUUGGAGGGAUGAUAGCUUUUUGUAUUAUAGUGGGGGAUACUAUACCGCAUGUUUUGGCAGCUGUUUUCCCGGGGUUGAGAGAUGUGCCGGUGUUGGGAUUGCUUGUGAAUAGGAGGGCUGUGAUUGUAGUUUUUGUGUUGGGGAUAAGUUAUCCUUUGAGUUUAUAUCGGGAUAUUGCCAAGUUGGCGAAAGCGAGCACCAUGGCAUUAAUCAGUAUGAUGAUCAUUCUAUUCACAGUGGUAACACAAGGGUUCAUGGUACCCAAAGAAGACAGAGGGGAAUUUCCCACACCCCUCCUCACCAUAAACGACGGCGUAUUCCAAGCCAUCAGCGUAAUAUCCUUCGGUUAG